UCGGUUUGUCGUGCCCUUUCCCUUUUACUUUCUUUUACGAUUCUCCUUCUUCAUUGUUAUAUAUCACUCGGAACAUUCAAAGUUCUAUUCUCUUCGAUCAUUUGGUACAUUGUCCAAAAUCCUCCCAGUUCCCCACUCAUAGUCGUCCACUUGGGGAACCGUCAAAAAUUCCGAGCUCUCCUAUUCUUAAACCUGAAAUUUAUUGCUGAUGAUAUGGGGUCACUUCUGCCGCCGUUGGGCUCUUUACAAGUUAAGAGGGUAGCUAUAAUAGGAGCUGGACCUUCUGGGCUUGCCGUGGCAAAGUACCUUCUCGCUGAGAAUGCCUUCGACAAGAUCGAUAUAUAUGAACAACAGGCUGAAGUUGGCGGAGUCUGGAACUACAAUGCCAACAUCACAGACCACAUACCUGUACCACAGACUGCGCCCAAUGUUCCUCUGGAUAAACCUAUCUGGCCCCCAGGAGCAGUUGCUCCACUGUUCCCGAACCCAAUGUACGAUCGUCUCAUCACGAACAUUCCCAAACAUUUGAUGCAGUACUCCGAUCAGGCGUUCCUUCCUCAAUCUCUAUUGUUCCCAACGAGAGAGGAUGUUCAAGAUUAUCUCGUUCGAUACUCACGAGAUAUCAGACAUCUUAUUAUAUUUUCAACCCAGGUCGAAGAUAUCAGUUUCUCCCAAGAAAAUGGUCAGGAUCGUUGGAGUCUCACGGCAAGAUCUACAAUCGAUAGCAAGGUUGCGAAAAAUCCGUAUGAUGCCAUCGUUGUUGCAAAUGGGCACUAUUCCGUUCCAUUUAUCCCUUACGUUCCAGGAAUCCAAGCAUUUCAAGCAAAAUACCCAUCCGUAAUAUCACAUUCGAAGAAUUAUCGGUUACCACAGAGCUUCAGGAACCAAAAAGUCAUCGUCAUCGGGGCCGGACCUUCGGGUCUGGAUAUUGGAAACCAAAUUAGCGUUGUCUGCCAAAAGCCCUUACUCAAUUCAGUUCGGUCGGAAGAGCCUCUCAAGCUUGGGAAAGAAAACAUAGAGGAGGUGCCACCCAUUGCCGAAUACCUGGUUGAGGAGAGAUCUGUCAGGUUCGAAGACGGACGAGUAGAGAAGGACAUCGACGCUAUCGUGUAUUGUACUGGAUAUCUCUACGCGUGCCCAUUUCUAAAGUCGCUGGAUCCGCCGAUUGUAACGACGGGUCGACGGGUCAUUGGACUUUACAAACAUCUCAUCCACAUCUCCCAUCCCACACUCGCUUUCACGGCACUGUCGCAGAAGGCUAUUCCGUUUCCGUUGUCCGAAGGCCAAGCGGCCGUGAUUGCUAAAGUGUGGUCUAACAAAUUAGUUCUGCCUGAAGAAAGUAUUAUGAAUGCUUGGGAAAAGAAGCGGGUUGAAGAGCUAGGGGACAAGACCAACUUUCACAUCCUUGGGUUCCCAAAGGAUGCCGAUUACAUCAACGAACUUCAUGAUUGGGCAGGAUGUGCUGAGGAUGGUUUUACGAAGGAACCACCAUACUGGGAUCAGCAGCAGAGGCAUAUGAGGUCGAUGUUCAUGGAUAUAAGGAAGAGAUUUGUGGAGCUUGAUGGGAAGGCAACUACAAUGAAAGAGCUGGGUCCUGAAUUUGAGAAUUUUGAUAGAUAGUGAUUUCGCUAGACCGACUACCCCUGGACUUAGCAGAGCAACUGAAGUUGUGAGAUUCUUCAACAUCGAGGGCGCGAAAAUAUGGUGUCUAACUAACACCGAACCUAUCGGUUUCGUAUCCGAGUAUCCGAGUCUCGGGACGACCAGCUCACGAGAUAGAUCCGAGUGGUGGCAGUGCUCUGGCGUGUAACGCCAUUCCACCACCAGGUGACCGCCCAGCAUCCUUCCAAAAUAUCAAACGAUCAAUGGUCAAUCAUAUCUCUCGCCGGUAGCGAGUGAGGGACAUCCUGCAAUUGCGGGGUUGAGAAUCCCGAUCUUCAAGCCCC